UUGAAUGUAGAGCAGAAUUUCAAGCAAUCUGGUCUGAGGCGCAUACAGAAGGAAUGAAGCAUGGAUGUGAAAGAACGCAGACCAUAUUGCUCCCUGACAAAGAGCAGAAGAGACAAGGAACGGCGUUACACAAAUUCUUCAGCAGAAAACGAGGACUGCAGAGUGCCUACACAGAAGUCCUACAGCUCAAGUGAAACCUUGAAAGCUUUUGAUCAUGAUUCCUCCAGAUUGUUGUAUGGAAACCGGGUAAAAGAAUUGGUUCACAGGGAAUCAGAUGAGUAUAGCAGACAAGGACAGAAUUUUACCCUAAGGCAGUUAGGAGUUUGUGAACCAGCAACUCGAAGAGGACUGGCAUUUUGUGCUGAAAUGGGGCUCCCCCACAGAGGUUACUCUAUCAGUGCAGGGUCAGAUGCUGAUACAGAAAAUGAAGGAGUGAUGUCUCCAGAGCAUGCCAUGAGACUUUGGGGCAGGGGGGUCAAAUCAGGCCGCAGUUCCUGUCUCUCAAGCCGUUCCAACUCAGCCCUCACUUUAACUGAUACCGAGCACGAAAACAAGUCCGACAGUGAGAAUGGCACUACUGCUCAGCCCACCCUAUGUUGGAAUGCUGCAUAUCAUGAUGAGGAUCUGAUCCUGAUUGGAGAUACUGAAUGCCACCAAAAUACAAGUCCUCCCAUGCCAUCCUCUUCAUCUAGUCAAUCCGUUAUUGAACAUUUACAUUCCCCUCCUCCAUCACCUAAUCUCCAUGACAACCAGAGAUGGUUGCUAAGUACUAGUGCUAUCCAGCCAGUUCAGGACUCUGACACUGAUGAGGACUAUACUGCCAGCUCAUAUCUAGUACAGACCGGUCCCGUUUCAGUUUUUGCCUCAGGUCAUGAGCAACCUCCAAAUAACCAAGGCCAGUCGACCCUGCAACCUUUACCACCUACUCACAAGCAGCAUUCAGCCCAGCAUCACCCAUCUAUCACCUCCCUUAACAGAAACUCACUGACAAAUAGGAGGAACCAGAGUCCGGCCCCGCCGGCUGCUUUGCCCGCCGAGCUGCAAACCACACCCGAGUCGGUCCAGCUGCAGGACAGCUGGGUCCUUGGCAGUAAUGUGCCACUGGAAAGCAGGUAA